UCUUUUUUAAAAUAGUUGAAAAUUGUAAACAAACACCAAACGGCAAACACGUGAAAAAGUAGUUAAUUUUUUUGUUUGUUAUGUCUAACUGUCUAAAGUCUAACUAAUUUGAAAGUUUUAUAGAAGAAAAAUAAUCUUUAAAAUGUCUACAAAUAUCAGUUUGGAGGAAGAGGACGCCUUUACAAAGCCUAUAAAACUUACAGAAGGUUUAAGUUUAGACGCAUUACUCAAUGAAGGCGCUACGUUCGAAAUAAACCCUGACAUGUUAAGUGACAAUGUUAUUAAAGAUGACGAAAAUUUCCGUGAAGAGUUGCUGUCACACACUAGAUAUUUUGAUUGUUUUGACGAUGAUUCUGGGGAUGAAAAUGACGAUUUAUCACAGUAUGACAGGCUUGCAUUAAAAAUGAAAAAUGUAGAUGAUAAAGGCUAUGUUAAAAAACGUAUAUUGCAUCCCGGUAACGGUGAAAAAAUUCCUGAAAAUGCUGCAGUUACUAUUCACUAUGAUGGAUUUUUUGAAGAAGGUGAUGAACCUUUUGAUACCACCUUGAAUAAUAAUCCAAGAGUAUAUCGUUUAGGCGCAGGAAAUUUAAUAAUGGGAAUGGAAUUGGCGAUAGCAUCCAUGGAAAAUCGAGAAAUUGCACAAUUUUUAAUCGAGCCGAUAUAUGGAUUCGGUAAAUUUGGAUGCCCAAAUCGUAUACCAGGUGAUGCACGAUUAAUGUUUCGAAUUGAAGUUAUAAAAUUUGUUGAUUCUAUAACUCAAGAUUUAUAUGAUAAAAUGAGUAUAACAAAUCGUAAAAGCUUCCAAACUGUGCGGAAACUAGCAGAGACAUACCAAAAUCAAGCAAAAGAUUCGUUUAAAAAACAGAAUUUUAAAGGUGCAAUUCGUAGUUAUAAUGAUGCAAUAAGAAUUCUUGAAACUGCACAAUUAGCAGAUAUGUCAGAGCAAGAAAAACAACAGAAUUCUUUGUUAAAAAAUUAUACCAAUCUUGCUGUUUGCUAUAAUGCUUUGGGUAAAUACCGUAAAACUUGCUUAGUAUGCCAAAAAAUAUAUGAUUUAACUAGAGAUAGAACUUUAAACGUAACUGCGAAAGCAUAUUUUCAUCAUGGCCGAGCUUUGUUUAAUAUACAGGAAUAUAGACAAGCCAAAAUUUUUUACUUAAAAGCAAAGCAAUUAGCGCCAAAUAAUUCUGAAAUUUCAAAAGAACUAUGUGAAUUGGAAAAAAAAAUCGACGAAGAACUAGUUAAAGAGAAAAAUCAUGCUCGAUUAUUAUUUGGUUCUGAAAAAAAAGAAACUCCUAAGGUUAGUGAGUUAGAAAAUCUUAAUCCAGAAUUUGUAAACAAAAUAAAAAAUUUUCUGCGUAAAUUUAAAAAUAGUAACGACUUGGUGCAAGAUUUACCACCAGGAUUGACUACUAGAGAAAUUGAUUUUAUUAGAAUGGAAUGUGAAUCUUUAGAUUUAGAAUUCGCUUCUUAUUCUAAUGAAGAUUCUAAAACAUUUAUUCAAACGGUUUUAAAACGAACCAAUACAAGUUCCUAAUAUUUCUAAGUCGAGUUCAUUAGCUCCCUUAAAUAUAAAUUAGUUAUACAAGUUUUGUUUGACUGAAUAUUUUUUUUUAAUGAUAAAUAUAAAAUAAAGGAUGUGUUCUUUUAAAUUAAAAAAAAAAACUCAUAGCGGAGCUUAGCAGAUAAUGUUUUUAAGUUUCUACAUGCCAAUGAAGUUCAAUCUGUAGAAUUUAAAUGGAUUGAAAAUGGAAAAUAAAACAGACUUUUAAUGUUGAUAAAUUAUCUAAGUAACAUUUUGAUUAAGAAUAAGUGAACUCGUGGAAAUAUUCGGGGAAGGCCUCAGGUCGCAAUUAACUAGUGAAAUUGCAAAUUUACCUUUAUCUCUGGGAUUAUCAUUUUUACUUAAGAAAGUCGAUAAAAAAGAACUAGAACUUUCCUAAAAAUGGGGGUUAGGUACGCCCCUGAGAGAUCGUUUUUUUUUUACGAAGAUUUUACAACGUAGUAACCAGAUGUGUAAAAUUUCAAAU